AUGCCCGCAACAGAGCUUCCGCCGGGCUCGUACGAUGACCGCGGCCCUGCGUUCCAGGCGUUUUGUAUCGUCGUACUGAUCAUAAGCAUUCUGGCAAUCGUCCUCCGCUUUUGGUCCCGUGCGAUGAGCCAGCCGCCGCUGAACAAGAGCCGCUUUUGGUGGGACGAUUGGGUCGCCCUUGCAGCAACGGCGACGGUGGCAAGCCUACUCAGUCUAACCUUGCUUGCUAUCGCACUGGGAGGAGGAAAACAUAUCUGGAUGAUACCGCCAGAUGACCUACAGCUCCUCAUCAGAGUGCUGUUUUCGACCUAUCUUGUUUACGACCUCGGCUUGGCGCUAGCCAAAGCAUCUGCCUUGCUCUUCUUCAGUCGUGUGUUCCCAGCCUACACAACACCACGCUGGUUCUCCGUCAUGAUAAAGGUCACCCACCUCCUCAAUGUUGCCUGGUUUAUAGGCAUUGUCCUGGGUACCUUCUUCAUGUGCGACCCUCCCGCAAAGAAUUGGAAUCCGGUAUUGCCGGGAACGUGCGGAACAAUGAGCAACCUGUAUAUCGGCAGCGCAGUACCUAGUGUUGCCAUCGACCUCUUCAUCCUAAUCCUGCCCGUACCGUUGGUGUGGACACUUCAAGUAAGCCGGGUGAAGAAAUUUAGUAUCACAGCGGUGUUCAUCCUGGGUUACUGUUCCAUCGUCGUUUCCAUUGGCAGGCUCAUCACUGUUCUUCGCGCUGGCGAGUCGGUGAAUGACGAUGUUACUUACGAGGGUAUACCUGCAUUCUUUUGGAUCGAAGCUGAGAUUCCCGUUAUGCUUCUUUCCAUAAGCCUUCCCGCUAUGAUGCCUCUCGCUCGCCACGUUGGGGUUAGGUAUUUUGAACCGCUAAUCACCGCCGUUUCGAGCGUUUUCUCCUCCAAAGCCACAUCUUUCGACGACAAUAAGUACAAUCGGUUUACUCGGACUCCGCAGCACGGGGACCUUUCAACUACUAGUUAUGGCCAUACUCGCCUAUCAUCAGCCCACGACGACCGAGAGGAGCUGACCGGCGCGGAAGGCUCCGAGCUAUACAACCUCCAGCCCUCAGGAAAAGUUGACAACAGAUGUUAA